CUGAGGACAGUUCAGUUGAACUAUGAACACGUCAACAAGUGUCAAAUAAGUCAAAUUUUGACAAAUUCGCAAAACCACAACAAAUCCUCACGGUGUUGAUUGUUGUUAUUAAAAUAAAAAGUGCAAGAAUAUGAACCAUGCCGAGAAGAGAAACAAAAUACCAGCUGCUCCGACUCUUGCGGCUACGGGCAAUCUGUUAUCAAGUGUUGCUCCCCCAUCAGAAUUACCAAAUUUUAUUACAACGAGCGUCAACCCCGUAGCUCCUGUAGCACCCGUAGUACAAAAUGAAGCUCCUGUAUCACAGACAAAUACAAAGCCAGCAGAGAAUCCAAAUGCACCUGUGCCAAUGGAUAUGUCACCACAAACUCCAGAAAAAUUUAGCCCCGCCAUACCACCAUCAAAAGGAGAGCCAACUGUGUCAAUACGGUCACCAGUAGAGUCUGAUAGCACAUUGUCACCAGGCUCAUUGCCAGAAAGUGGAGUUGGUACUGAUAAAAUUGGUGAUAUUAUGCCAGGUAGUGGUCUCAUAACUUGGAUGAAAGGUGCCAUGUCAAGUGGAGGGAUUCUCCAGAAGGUAGCCGAGAAAGCUAAAAACUCAGUUGAUUCCAUGAUAACAACACUUGAUCCUCAGAUGAAGGAAUAUUUAAAUAAUGAAGGUAAUCAAACAAGCAUAUCUUCUGAUGGGAGUGGUGGUGAUUUAUACAUAGUUGUUGCUUCUGAUAAGGAGGUGAAAGUAUCCCCUGUACGAGAAGCCUUUCAAACCGUGUUUGGAAAAGCGACUAUUGUUGGCGAACCCGCCCAAAGUGACGUCACAGCCGCACAACCAGUAGGCUACGCGGCCGCGUACGCAGCGGCUAAACAACGCAUCGCACACUUGAGAUCUGUCAACUCACAACUGCAUAAUAACGUGCCUAUAGUGGCUAUUGAGAGCUUUGUGUAUGAGGCUAUGCCUGAUAGGUGGUACGACAUAGCGCUACUAGUGUUGUCCCAGCCCUCCCUCGGUAUCGAGUUGCAAGUGCAAUCACAAGGCACGCCCAUCCCUAGUGCCGCGGUACUUGCAGCGAGAGAAGCCACGCCUACCGACUAUGCGCACGCGCAGACUGGGUACAACACUACUAUUGGUUCGAUUAUGUCGGCUAAUUUACAGGUACCACACACACAAUGGCAAGAAGCGUCAACGAGCGUGUCCCGACGAGAGUUGUUGCUAUUGGCGUCUCGUUCUCUCGCCGGCUCAUAUCAGAGAAUGUUGGCAGUAUCUGCCGCUGAGACCUGAUAGAUUUUAUGUGUUCCGCACAAAAUAUUGUUAAGACGAAUCUAUUAUAUCUUAGAUUAUUGUAAUAUAGUAUAUAAUAUUAUGUUAAAUAAAUAUUGGCGCUCAAAGACUUA